GGCGGCGGCUGCGGGCGGCCCCCGGGGCGCCCGUCCCCGCGCGCGGCGCCACUUGCCGGGGCCCCGCGCUGAGAUGCCGCGGGCCGGGGCGCCCCGCGCGCUGCCCCGCAGCCUGUCCCGCCUGCGCCCGUGCCCGGGCCGCUCCCGCAUCGUGCUGGCGCUCGGGGCCACGCAGAUGGCGCUCGGAUGCCUCAUCGUGGCCGUGAGCUUCGCCGCGCUGGCGCUCACCACCUCGGCGCGCGUCCGCCACUCCUGCCCCUUCUGGGCCGGCUUCUCGGUCCUGCUCUCAGGACUCAUCGGCGUGGUGUCCUGGAAGAGGCCACUGUCCCUUGUGAUAACCUUUUUCAUGCUGCUCUCCGCAGUCUGUGUGAUGUUGAACUUGGCCGGCUCCAUCCUGUCCUGCCAGAAUGCUCAGCUUGUCAACUCCCUAGAGAGCUGUCAGUUGAUCAAGUUCGACAGCGUGGAGGUGUGUGUCUGCUGUGAGGUGCGGCACCAGCCUUCCGGUUGCAGCAACCUGGGCGAGACGCUGAAGUUGAACCCGCUGCGGGACGACUGCGACGCCGUGAGGCUGACCCUGAAGGACCUCCUCUUCAGCGUGUGCGCCCUCAAUGUCGUCUCCACCAUCGUGUGUGCCUUGGCCACGGCCAUGUGCUGCAUGCAGAUGGUCUCCUCGGACGUCCUCCAGAUGUUCCUGCCGCAAAGGGCGCACUCGGCCAGCCCCGCCUGCCUCACGCCACACGGCACCAUCCUCCAGCACACCCUGGACUUCGACGAGUUUGUCCCCCCUCUCCCGCCUCCGCCCUAUUACCCCCCCGAGUACACCUGCACGCCCACAGCCGAGGCCCCCAGGGGCCUCCAGCUGGACUUUGCGGCGUCUGCCUUCAGCGCCUUGUACGACGUGGCCAUCAACAGCCCGGGCCUGCUCUACCCCGCUGAGCUGCCGCCGCCGUACGAGGCUGUGGUGGGCCCCGGGCCUGCCAGCCAGCUGGCAGGUCCGGAUUUGCAGGGGAUCGAGUCCAGCUCCCGGGCCCCGGGCCCCACCGCCGGCUUCAACACCCAAGCACCAGCCGACAGCACCAGCCUCCCAGUGGCCGAGGGCCCCUCCACUCCGGGUCCGAGCCGCCUGGCCCCUGAUGGCCCCUCAGGAGCACCCCCACCCCCCGUGACCACCCAGCACCCCAGCUGCCUGUCCCCCAAGGACAGGGACCAGGACACGCGGACACAGCAGAGCCCCGGGCGCGUGACUCGCUCCGCCAGCGACCCCACUUCCUGCGUCUACCACGCAGCAGCUGGCCUGCGUCGCUCCGUCACAGCGUCCUGUGCACGCCGAGGCCCCCGGGACACCGCCACCUGGAAGCCCCACACACGCUCCAAGCCUGAUGCCUUCCAGCCUCUGGCCAAGGAGCGACCAUGUGCUGUCACGGACAGCCAAGCCUAUGCCACUGACACGCGGGUGCUGGUGGCAAAGUUCCUGGAACAUUCGAACUGCGCCCUCCCUCCCGAGGUGCGGCACGUGGUGGGCCCCGUGUGCCCUGCCGGGCCCCCGGAGGAGCGGUGUGUGGACGAGGCCCUCCUCGGCACUGGGCUGCUGGACCAGGUGUGACGCCUGUCCCCCAGGUCAGGACGCAGAGGACAGAGACGGGCACCUCUCCCCUGGACGCCCCCCCUCUUUGGGGGUGCAGCUGACGCCACUUCCCACUGGAUCCAGCGAGCGUGGGGAAGGGACUCCGCACCCACCAUGGGCACGUGGAGCCUGCGCCAUGUGGGGGCCGGUGACAGCUGGCCAGGGGCCUCCCCCACCCCUGACAGAGGACACAGUCUCGAGCGCUCACGUGGCCGGUCAGCCCUGCCCGGCACCCCACAGACAGGGCUGUAGGGACCCCAGAGCCCAGGGGCCACCCCACCGCGCCUCCCUCCCUGGCGAGGUUCGGCUUCUGUGGGAGGACCCCUACACGCCCUCCAGGUGCUCCCCACUUCCUCUUGUUGUCCCCUCAAGCCGGUUUGUUACCUACUGAGGCCCCAGCAGUGCCCCCAGAGACCUCUGACCACCCCCCCCCAAAAAAAGUCCUCUUCCUGGGCCUGAGGCCGCAGCAGCACUUGCCAUGUGUCAGGGUCUCCAGGCCCAGCCUCCCCUGGGUCAGUUCCCCACCCCUCUCUCCCCACUGCGCACAUCAGACGCAGCCUUCACCCAGCAAGGGAUGUGCAGCAGCGCUGGGCUGCCUGUGGGGGGCUUUCCACAGCACUGGGGGACAGGUGGGCUCCACCGUCCUCAGCCACCGCCACCGCCCUUGAACGGAGCCGCCCACUGGCAGCCAGAUGGCGCUGGACAGAAGGUGCUGCGGCUCUGCUGCGCCCCCUGGGGGCGUGCGCGUGCGUGCGUGUGUGCGUGUAUGCCUGUGUAAGUGUCCCUGUCCUGAGAAGGGGAGGCCAAAGGGGGCUGGGGUGUAGGAGGUGGCAGCCGGGGAUGGCCCAGCAUGCCCGCCAUACUUCUGGUCUUUGCUCUGGGGCUGACCAGUUGGGACAAUCCAAACCGGCCUUUCCCACGGAGGAGAAGCCCGAGAGGCUGUAUGAGCACUUUAUCCAGUCCUUGAUUUUCUUUUUUUUUUUUUUUUUUGCACCUGGGGAAAUUGGUUAUGUCCUCCCCUAACCCUGGGACCUCCCCCCACCCCCCCACCCCGCCCCAUGCAGGCCAAGUUAAAUAAUUUUCCCCAGGGCCUGCCAGGAGUUGGCCAACAAAGCAGGAGCAGCCCUGGUGCUGGUGUGGGGGGUGUCUGUGCUUUAGUUGGGGCGCCCCGCUCUCCACAGUGUUCUGGGCUGCACCCUCCGUGGGUGUUGGUUAUCAGACCCAGCUGGGACUGCAGCCCCGCCUCUGGCAGGCUGGGGUGAGGCAGAGGGAGGCUGGUGCGUGUCCAGCAGGGAGGCAGUGUCUGCCCUGUGGGGCUUCUGCCCCAGGCCAGCCUCAGGGCUGAAGCCUAAAUUCUGGAACUUUCUCCGUCCUUCCUACACCCUCUGGCACUGUUUAGUAUUCUGCUUUACUAGCAGCUGGACCUUAGGGAAAGGAAGCUACACCCAGUUUUGUGCCUAUGGGUCCGCACCUUUGGCUUACCUGCUCAGGUAACCCUGGCUCAGGUAAACCUGCUCAGGUAAGCUCCUGGCUCCCAAGAAGGGGGGGGGGGAUCCUGGAAGGAGGGAGGGGGCAAGGAGAACCACUAGAACUGCGCCAGAACCAGUCCCCCACCUCCGGGGGGAGGGGGAACUGGCUGAACCCAGUGGUGUCUCAGAACAGAGGGCCCCAGCAAAGAGCACCCUGCACCGAGACAAGGCAGACGGUGUGUGUGUUGGGGGGGGAGUGUUCUCCCGCCCUCACUUGGAGGGGACCUUCCUCCCACCAGCUCCAGCCUGUCCUCCCCGCUCCUGCAUGAGCAGGUCUGGGCAGAACACACCCCCAAAUCAUUUGUCAGGACCCCUGCUGGCACAGGGUCAGGAGCUGCACCCCCUUUCGUGACCAGAAGGGAGCCUGUCAGGGACUGCAUGGGACCCUGGGGACCUCAGGCUGCCAGAAUGAGCUCCGGACUCCCAUUCCAUGGCAAGCCAGUCUGGCCAGGGCACAACGUCCUCCCCACCUCCAGUUGACCAACGCUAACAGGGCAGACUGGCCCCGCCCAUGAGAGAAACUGGGCUGCUGGCCCCGCCCACCGGAACGAUUGGCCCCGCCCACGAGAGUAAUUGAGCUGUGGGCCCCGCCCCGUCCGUGGGAACGCGGCCAGUGUGUCCCCUACGGCGCUCGCGUCCUCAGCUGCGGUGAAAGCGGGAAGGAGCUGUCUCCAGCCCCACGAGAUCGCUUGUACGACCCUCUGGAAGGCUGUAUUUACUGGGCGUACCUCCAGGUGUUUUCAUAAUGACCCGUGUUUUAAUAAAGACUAUUUCUGGG